AAAAACAAUCAAAACCCAAGCUCAAUCCCCUAAACCCUGUCUCGACUUACAGUAACUCGAAUCAAAAGCUCAACCCUCUUUUGUCAUUGAGAGGCUGCGAGAGGAUGUUUUCCCCGAUUUGGUCAUGAAAAUUAAGAUAAAACUUAUUGGAAGUGAUGAAUUUGAGAAGUUAGAUAUUCGAAGUCCUGCACACAUAUGAUGUCAAGAUCAGCAAGAAUUUCAAGGCUCACUAGACAAAUUACUCAACUUAGAGUGGACAGAAAUUUCAUCCUCACUUGCAGUUACAAUACAGAUGUGCGACAUUCAAUCCCCAAUCAAAGUGAUGCAAAGACACUAGGGUUCUCCGGGAAUCAAUUUGACAAUCAAGCACAGUCUGCCCUUGCAAAAAACUACAUUGGAGGUGAAUGCAAGCCCCAAGUAGGAGAAAAUGUCUCAAGAAAGGACAAGAUCAGCUUUCUUGUCAGUACACUUCUUGAUGUAAAGGAUAGUAAGGAAGCUGUAUAUGGUGCACUUGAUGCUUGGGUUGCGUGGGAGCGGAAUUUCCCCAUUGGACCCCUAAAGCAGGUACUGCUCAAACUAGAGAAAGAGCAACAGUGGCAUAGAAUUGUUCAGGUCAUUAAGUGGAUGUUAAGCAAGGGUCAAGGCAACACAAUGGGAACGUAUGAACAGUUAAUUAAAGCUCUGGAUAUGGAUCACAGGGCAAAAGAGGCACAUGAAUUUUGGAAUAAGAAAAUUGGUUAUGACCUGCAUUCUGUGCCCUGGCGGUUGUGUAGUCUUAUGAUUUCUGUAUAUUACCGUAAUCAUAUGCUUGAGGAUCUUGUUAAGCUAUUCAAGGGCUUAGAAGCAUUUGAUCGGAAACCCCCUGAUAAGUCAGUCGUGCAGAAAGUAGCUGAUACAUAUGAGCUACUAGGCUUUUUUGAUGAGAAGGAUCGCUUACUGGAGAAAUACAAAGACUUGUUUACAGAGAGAAGGAUUGGAAGUCCCAAGAGAUUGAGAGGCCCUCGAUCCCAAAGAGAAGGAAAACAAGCGCAGGAAAGUUAAGGGUUAUGUCAAAUGUCUUUGUUGACUGUGCAGGUGUUGAACAUCAGUUUUACAUAAAUAACUAAUCUACUCAAUAUGUUUGCACCCUUCAUUGCCAAGCAUUUCAACAUUUUGGUUUUGUAUAAAAUUAUUUAUUGCAAGGGCAAGAGUCUUUGUGCAAGCAUGCAUUCAAUGGAUGUCAUAUCACUUGAAACCUCGAUAGUAUUUGGAUCUCAGUGCGGUGUUCUCUUAUGUAUUUUUAGCAUCUUAAUGCUUAUGCUACUUAUCUAUGGAGUUAGAAGAUGUGAUGAACAUAUGUACGUGAACAAAACACAGAAUAGUGGGAUCAUAUUUCAUGUUUUUAGAUGAUAAUCGAUUACUUGA